AUGGAGGAUCUUCCGCAUGAGGACGAUUCAGAUGUUGAAGCAAGGCUGGGCACUGUCUUUUACGAGAACUUUCGCCUGCCCAUCUCGUCCAUCAUCGACAGGCUGGAGAAGGAGACCGAGCUUCGCAUCAAGAUCCAAGGCAGGCUGGCUCGCCUCCAGGCCUAUGUCGAGGCAGCAGGUGGGGAUCUUGCUAGCAACGCGGCACCGCUCCUUGCAGGGCCGGACCGGAGUGGCCGGGGUGGUCCCGCUGCGGUCACCCAGGGCCGCAACCGCUCCAUUGAGAUCGCCGACACGCCGCCGGCCUCGGUCGCCGACUCGUCGUCGGACUCGUCCGAGUCAUCAAGCUCGGGCGUGCUCCUCCUACCGUCGCCGCCGCAGGCUGCUGUGGCAUCGUACAUUCCGCGGCUGACACCGGUGGCGUCACCGGCGCCGCGCGCGCCGGCCAUGGCACCGGCGCCGGCGCUCUCGCCUCUGUCGCCGUCGUCGCCGCUCUCUCCGACCCCGCGCUCGCGACCGCCGCCGUCCCCACUCCUCUCACCGGUUCUCCGCGCGGCGUCGCCAAGCCCACCGCUACCGACGUCGCCGCCACCGCCGCGGCCCGGGCCAUCGCCAGCCGACAUUGAGUCGAUGGUGGAGGACCGUCUCAAGACCCGUCUUGCAGCCGCCACAGAUCGGAUCCGUGCGCGGCUCAAGGCCCAGCUCACCGCCACCGUCCAGGCCAGGGUCGAGGCCGAGCUUGCAGCCUGGGCCGACACUUCCCCCGGCGCAGACGAACGAUCUCGCGCUCGAGCCACCGCCGACGCCGCUGCCGAACGUGCGCUGCGGACCAAGCUUGAGAUCCGCAACGCCCGGCUCCACGCCCGGAUCGUCGACCUCAUGGCCAUUUUGCACUUGAGCGAUGUGCCGCGGCCAGGGCCCGGCGCGCCGGCAUCACCGUCGUCGCCGCCGCCGCGGUGGUGA